AUGCAGUUUGAGAAGAUGGUGGUAACCCGUUGGGACGAAAUGGGCAUAUUACUUGGCACCUCGCAAUGCGUGCCACUCCAUGGAUUGCAUCUGCCAGCAUUGACAAGCUAUGCACAGGAACUUCUUGCAGCGAAUGUGAGCGCGGCGCACACAACUCAAGCGGUUCUAGCCGUCUUUGGCAUUGAGACUACUCCGGGGUGUCCAGUGGGCUUAUUUGGCAGCACUGGGCAGGGAGUCCAUAACGCAGCAAGCCAGCUCAGGGCAUCGAGGCACAAAUCCACUGACAAGCCAGUGAACGGAUGCCUAAAUGAUGCAACUGUUCGGCCAUUGCCUGGGCCCGGACUGAGCUGGGACCCUCUGUCUCCAGGCUUUGGAACUCAGGGCUUGAGGUUUAUGUGA